AUGCAAUCGUUACCUGCUAAUCGGAGGAGACGUAUUGAUGUCAAUGGAGUUUCCCUCGUCGACCUUAAGGCAGAAAUAGCUCGCCGCCAAAGCGAGGUAAAAGCGAGGGCAACAACCGUCCCAAACGUCGCUGGAGCAGUUUUAAAGCGCGUCGUUGAUAGGAAUGAUGUCGGUCUCCGUCUAAAACGAUCUCCAUCUCCCGUCCAGAAUCUGAAAGGGAGAGUGGGAGAUGUUGAAGCGAAAGAGACCACUGAAGAAGAUAUUGACUGGGAACGAGCUCGACGCAACCUAGAGGCGAAGGCUCGUCUUUAUGAGGCUUUAAAACAAGCUGCCGUUACACAUAGUAAGGGAGGAUACGGUGAGGAAGACAGAGCUCCACUUAUUGAUUUCGAGCGGAAGGCUGUGGAGGAGAAACGAAGCAUCGUCAACUCCAGUGAUGAAGAUGAGUUUGAUGAUCGUAACAGACCCUGUGAAGCGAACCCACAUUCAACCGCCACAGCUAAACCAGUGAGUAUUCCAGAGGGUCCCGUGACGUAUGCGCAUUUGCGACAGGGCGAGGUUCGUGACCAUGGUACGGGUUUCUAUGCCUUCUCGGCUGACGCAGAUCAACGCGCAGCAGAGCAAGCAGCGUUGCGUGAGUUGCGUCGUCGAACUGAGCGAGCGCGAGAGCGAGUGGAGGAGGAGCGAGCAAGACGCACUGUUGCAAUGGGUCGGCGGUUAGCGCAGCUGCGCGCUCGCAAAGGACUUCCGGACGUGGCCACUGCCGCCGCCAGUCUGCUCGAGAAGAACACGACUCCACCGCACUCGUCACCAACAUCCCCUUCAACGCCUCCACUUUCCUCCGAGGGCACUGUUGGCGAACAACUGUGCUCCGACGACCUCGAUAUUGCAUCCAUGUUACGUCGCCUGCGCGAUGAGGCAGAAGUGAAACAGGCGGCAGCUGCUGCAGCAGUCGUUGCCUCUACAGUGACAGGUCCGUCGUCGAAAAAUACCAGCCCUCUCCCCGACGUGCUGACUCCGUUGUCAAGGAAACGCUCCACACGGGAAUGGGAUCGCGGGAAGUCUUUUGUUCCCCUACCGCCUAAAAGUCGUUUCAGUUCGUAUAAACACAAACUGAGUGAUGAAAGGAAUGCGGAGUUUGCACCACCUGAAUUCUACAGAUAA